GUAAGCCCUUCCUCUUCACUGAAGCUCAAGGCAGCCCAAGGCAGCUGCAGGUGACUCCAGCGGCGUCGUCGCCGCUACCGCGACGCCGCUGUAAGUUAGGGGUGGAUGCCUUGGACGGCCGCUGGGUGCGCACUCGCAGUGGCUGGUGCAGUUGGGGGUGAUGGAUGGACCCUGGUCUCCAGGAGCUGCCACUGGCAUGUUCACAGCCCUGCAGAAGUCCAUGAGAAGGUCACCAAGCCACUGUGGCUCGCGAUCUUGGGCAACUCGGUCAUGCGAGGCGCCCUACAAGCCUUAGUGGACCAAUUGGUACCUGAGGCCUGGCAGAGCUUCGCGGGCACGGAGGAUGUGCCCGGCAUAGGGACCAACAUCAAGUGCUGGGGCUGGUUGGACUUCCAGGUGGGCGACCUACGUCUCUCAUUUCAGGACUAUCGCAUUUGGUUCUACACGGAGGAAGGGAUCCGGGUGGCCUUUGAGCGCUUGAAACGUGUGAUCUUGGAGGGACCCGAUCUCUUGGUGAUCCAGCACUAUGGGCCUGAUGUGUCACAAGGCCAGCCACCCUUGGUGUAUCAGCCUUUACUGUCAGAGACGUUACCGGCAUAUUUCAAGAAGAAGAAGAAAGGGAAGAUCAUCUUCGCGCUUUCCAAACGUUCUCCCUUCAAGGUGGCGCUUUGCAACCCUCAAUGCUCGGACCGAAAACGGCCGCACCUCUGGAACCACAGCAUCGAAGGGCUCUUGGCGAAGCUUCCACAAGAUCUGAGGAGCUCAACGACUGGCCGCAUCUUGGCGGUGGACGAGGCCUUCGUUUGCAUGCCGCUCUUCCUGGACGGCGAGACCGACGUCCCACAGCGCCAGGCCUCGCAGCACUGGCACCGCUACGACCGCAGCGCGGGCCCCGGGCGCAAGGUCUUCGGCACGGCGGCGGAUGCGGCGGGCCAUUGGUACCUCACCGAGCUACUGACCAUGGCAGGGGCACGUAGUCCAGGUGCAGGUGGUGCAGGUGGUGUUGGUGGUGUUGGUGUGGCGAAUCUGAGUGCCAAAGCUUGUGCCCAGUGCCCACAAAAGCCCUGCUGCCCCUGGCAGCCCGUGCCUGUGAAGAUCAACCAUUCCCUGUCGGUGGUACACGACAUGCCCCAGAUCAAGUCUUGGGCCGACUUGACCAUGCAAAGUUGUGGUCAGUUGAUUUAGUUGACCAGUGAUGUCCUGUGCAAAACCGGAUUCACACAUUCUGACGCAAGACGGUUCAGUUUGCAAAAGGG